CCAACACUUGCACAAGUCCGAUUAAACCCAAAGCGCGAAGUGAGCACAGAGGAAGUGCAUCGAAAAUUGAUAGUUAAUAAAUUUUGCAAUCUUCUUAUGCUGUGCACUCAGUUGACCGCCGCCGUCGCCGGACACGCUACUUGUUUGUUCGAUUCGUGGGUCGAAGUUUCGUUCUGUUUGCGUUCGUAAUCGAGCGCCAAUAAAUCGAAGAGGAAUAUCAAUUCAGUGAUUGGUCAAGUUAAUUUUUAAAAAAAGGACAGAAUGAGGAGACUACUAGCAGUGUUUAUUUUGUGUCAAAGCUUACUAGGACCACCGGUCCAGGCGCAGAUCGAUGGCAGUUUUUGGUGGAUGAAUACCGAUCUGGUCCAGAAGGCGGAACAGUAUCGUCAGGAAAAGGAUGUGAAAGCAAACGUAGUGAAUAAUGAAACCGAAAUCGACUCCAUCCGUCUGGCGGGGAACACCUACACUGACGACUCGGACGACUCUCCCGACUGUAUCUGCGUACCGAGCCAUCUCUGCCGAACCACACUGACCGGAGAGCAAGGAAGAGACGGCUUAUGCGGAUCGGGCCAAACUUGUUGCCGAAAGCAUCAAAUCAUCUCGCAGCAUCACCCUCACGCUUCUACUAAUCGGCCUCCCAUACCCCAGAAGCCUUUGAUUCCAAGUUCUUUGCAUGCUCCCGAUACACCUGGAUCAUCUGACCAAAGUUUCAAUCAACCCGGCACUCCAAACCUUUCCUUUCUUUUGGAAAUAUCCUCCCUGCUGCAAGAAUUCAACAGUCAUGAUAAUUCCUUCGAACCUGAUGCUGAAUUAAUCUUUCACGUCACACCACGUUCCCCAACCACUGUCUUACCGACAACAACCCCGCCAACAACUGCCUUUAAGCCAAUCGUAUUCAGUGAUUCAACACCUAGACCUACGCCAACUACCGCCAGAACAACUCGUUCAACAACGACCGCCACUACCACCACCACACGCAGACCACUGCUGCCACCCAAACCCAAAAAGUGUGGACAACGCCGUGCGACCAUUACUAGUCGCGUACACUUUCUAGACGAAGACGAGAGCAUCGAGGAACAGCUCAGUGGCUCAGUCAACUUUGGCGAAUUCCCCUGGACUGUCUACCUGGAGGAGCGUAUCAACAACGGUAGCUUCCUGUACAAGUGCGGGGGUGCACUGGUCACUUCAAAUGCAAUCGUAACCGCUGGACAUUGCAUCGCCAACGCACGUGACCAUCCAGAGAACUUCCAAGUCAUCGCGGGUGACUGGGAUCGUCGUCACAAUCGCGAACGGUUGCCAAGCCAGAGGCGUACGGUCAAUCGUAUUAUUCUUCAUCCCGACUAUUACUCGGGAUCUCUGUACAACGAUAUAGCGGUGUUGAUACUCAACACCCCACUAAACGAUUCCCUUCCAAACGUGGGAAACGUUUGCCUACCAUCGCCUGGAAGUGACUUUAGCGAUAGCAACUGUAUUCUAUCCAGUUGGGGAGCUUCACCGAGUAAGCCCACCGAAGAGGCAACGAUUCAGCGAUUCGUCACCAUGCCCAUCGUACCGGGGGCAGAUUGUGAGGAGCGUUUGCGAACGAACUCAUCUCUUGGCAGGAGAUUCCGAAUGCACGAUAGCUUUCUUUGUGCAGGUGGAAUUUUCGGUGUGGACUCCUGCAAGGGUUCCGGCGGAAGCCCAUUGGUUUGUCAGCGGAAUGGCGCUUACAUGUUGGCUGGGAUUAUGUCCUGGGGUGUGAGCUGUGGGAAAGGUGAUCCAGCGGUGUUUACGAAUGUGGUCUACCAUUCAAGCUGGGUGGAUAGGGUGAUAGACAGUUUGGAUGACAAUGUGGUUUAUUUUGUGUAGGAAGUGUUGGAGCAUGUGUUCGAACAUAAGUAUUAAAUUUAAGUACAUGUAUCUUUAUUUGCUAGAUUAUUUGACUGUUUUUAUGUUGGUAAUGUUAAUAAAAUCGGGAAGCAAAUGUGUCUGAUGUAAA